AUGUCCGAACUCUCCUUUUGCAAAUCGUUCCUCAGCGCACUCGAUGCGCGCCCAGCAAAGCUAUCGUCGGACCACAUCGCAGAUGCUCGACAAUAUCCCGCUCAAGGCGCUUACACGCUCCCCCGCCUCCAACACCCACCCCACCCUCAGCGCCCCAACCCAAAGACAUCGACGGAUAACGGUUCAACAUCCACGUCCUCGCAAACCAUCUCUAUAACCCUUAAGCCCAUGAAACCAUCCACCCCAACCAUCCCGCUGUCCUCCAUCGACCCGGCAAAGACGUCCGUCUACGACAUCAAGCAGCAGUUUGCGACACAAGCCUCAUUAUCAGCGGCCAAGAUUAAGAUUCUGUACAAGAAGAAACCAGUCACAGACUCCAAGACACUAUUGGAAGUAAUUGGGUCUGAUGCGGGUAGUGAGGUCGAGUUUGGCGUCAUGGUCAUGGCUGGUCAUGGCUGUCCGCCUGCUGUUGCGCCACCAACGGAGAGUGAAAAGGGGCUUGCGAGUGCUGGGGAAACGAUUGCGGGGACGGCUAGUGGGACUGCAGGCUCAGGGGCUGAGAGUGGCAAGGACAUUGUUGCUACAGACGAAUUCUGGGGCGACUUGAAAGCAUUCAUGCUCCAGAGGAUAAAGGAUGCAGAAGAGGGGGAGAGACUCGUCGGUGUCUUCAAAGAGGCAUGGCAGCAAAACAAGUGA